AUGUCAAAAACUAGAUUACCGAAAAAAUGCAACAAAAAAACUAUCAACGAUAUAUCACGUAAAGAAAUGGAAGAAGCAUGUGCAGCAUUUAAUGUUGAUGGCAAGGACUACAUUCCCAUCAAAGCACUAAAGGUGGUAAUGAGAUCAUUAGGUUUCGAACCUCGCCGCGAGGAGAUACAAAGUUUGACAGCGAAAAUUAUGAAGAAUGAAGCAAAACGAAAAACUCAUCCAGCACGAAUGCCUUGUGUAUUGGAUAAUGAAAACUUAAAUCCAGGUUUUUUAGACUGUCUAAGCUUUGACGAGUUGUUCGAUCUAUUAAGCGAUAAAAUGGAUGAAAGAAAUAGUUUACUGGAACUAAAAGCAGCUUUUGAUCUUUUUGAUGCCGAUUCUAAAGGUUACAUAUCUUUUGAAGACCUGAAAAAAGUUGCUGAAGAGCUUGAGGAAAAUAUUUCUGAGGAACAACUCCAAGAAAUGAUUUCGGAAGCUGAUUCUAAAGGAGUUGGAAGUAUUUCGGAAGAAGAUUUCUGUACAAUAAUGAAGAAGACGUGUCUUUAUUAA